AUGUCGCAAUCGGUUAAAAAGGAUUCAAGCUAUUGGAAAGAUAGGAAAAAUGCUUUCAUUUUGGAUGUAGAUUGUAAGGUUGCAAAAGAAAGAGACUAUGAAGAUACCUAUACCAGAUUCAAGUACCUGUUGGAACUUACUGAUUUAUUCAGGCAUUUUAUUGGUAUGAGAGCUAAACAUGAUAAAAAUAUGCGUAAACUACUGAAGCAAAUCGAUGGUGAAGGUCGUGGUAAGAGCGGUAGAACGCUUAGACAUAGAGAAUCAUCGAGGCACUAUAGGAAAACUGAGAAAGAAGAAGACGAAGAAUUAAUGCAGGAUGAGGAGAGUACCCUUCCUGAUACAACCGUUAUUACCGAAUCGCCAAGUUAUAUUAAAUCUGGUAAGCUGAGAGACUAUCAGAUAUAUGGACUGAAUUGGCUAGUGUCCUUACAUGGCAACAAAUUAUCAGGAAUUUUGGCAGACGAGAUGGGCCUCGGAAAGACUUUGCAAACAAUUGCGUUUCUAGGAUAUUUAAGGUAUGUGAAGGGCAUAGAGGGGCCAUACUUGGUUGUGGUACCCAAAUCAACCCUGGAUAAUUGGCAGCGAGAAUUUGCUAAGUGGACGCCAGAAGUGAAUACCUUAGCGCUACAGGGCGACAAGGAGACUAGAGGAGCUAUAAUUGACGAAAGAAUAAUGAAAUGUGAUUUCGACGUUAUAAUAACCACUUAUGAGAUGGUAAUAAAGGAGAAAAGUGCGUUGAAAAAGUUCGCGUGGCAGUAUAUCAUUAUUGAUGAGGCACAUAGGAUUAAGAACGAGCAAAGUACCUUAUCCCAGAUUAUCAGACUAUUUUAUUCGAAGAACAGAUUGUUAAUAACAGGUACUCCCUUACAAAACAACUUACACGAACUAUGGGCACUGUUAAAUUUCUUGUUACCGGAUGUUUUUGGGGAGUCCGAAGUAUUCGAUGAGUGGUUUCAGCAGAAUGAAAACGAUCAAGAUCAAGAUGUCGUUGUUCAACAGCUACAUGCCGUAUUACAGCCCUUUUUACUGAGAAGAUUGAAAUCUGAGGUAGAGAAAUCACUUCUACCAAAAAUCGAGACCAAUGUUUAUGUUGGUAUGUCAGAUAUGCAAAUCCAUUGGUACAAGUCAUUGCUGGAAAAGGAUAUCGACGCUGUGAAUGGAGCUGUUGGUAAAAGAGAAGGAAAGACGCGACUACUCAAUAUUGUUAUGCAGCUCAGAAAGUGCUGUAACCACCCAUACCUGUUCGAAGGAGCAGAGCCGGGCCCUCCCUUUACUACUGAUGAACACUUAAUAUUUAACUCUGGAAAAAUGAUUAUCCUUGACAAAUUGUUGGAACGCAAGCAUCAGCAAGGCUCUAGGGUACUUAUUUUCAGCCAAAUGUCGAGACUGUUGGACAUAUUGGAAGAUUAUUGCUAUUUCCGAGGAUAUGAAUAUUGUCGGAUUGAUGGUUCCACAUCUCACGAAGAUCGUAUUACUGCAAUCGAUGAAUACAAUGCCCCUCAGUCAGAUAAGUUUAUUUUUCUAUUAACAACACGUGCUGGUGGUUUAGGUAUCAACUUGGUUACAGCCGAUACAGUGGUGUUGUACGAUUCAGAUUGGAAUCCACAGGCGGAUUUACAGGCCAUGGACAGGGCACAUAGAAUUGGUCAAAAGAAGCAAGUCCAUGUAUAUCGAUUUGUUACUGAGAAUGCUAUUGAGGAAAAGGUCAUAGAAAGGGCUGCUCAAAAGCUAAGACUUGAUCAGUUGGUUAUCCAACAGGGGAUUGGUAAGAAAAGUGCCAGCUUGGGCAAUACUAGUGAUGAGCUCAUUGAUAUGAUUCAAUUUGGUGCAAAAAACGUCUUCGAACAUAUAUCCAAGACAGUGACUAUGGAUGAAGAUAUCGAUGACAUUUUAAAGAAAGGUGAACAAAAAACUAAGCAAUUAAAUGCAAGGUAUGAAGCAUUAGGUCUAGAUGACCUUCAAAAGUUUAACGGGAUGACGGAUCAAUCGAAGUAUGACUGGAAUGGCACAAACUUUGAGAAGAGAAAAUCCAACGAUAAAACACUAGAUUGGAUUAAUCCGUCAAGAAGAGAAAGACGAAGAGAUCAAACUUAUUCAGUAGAUGAUUAUUACAAAGAGAUAAUAGGCGGAGCAUCUAGUAAAGGAUCUACAAAGGGAGCUAAUCAGCCAAGGAUGCCUCGUCCGCCAAAGUUUGUUCAAGUUCAAGAUUUCCAAUUUCCGCCGCCGGAAUUAAGUGUUCUACAGGAGAGAGAACAGUUGUCUUAUAAGAAAAAAAUCAAUUAUAAAGUAUCCAGUUACGAUCUGGGAUCUGACGUGGAGGACGAUGCGGAUGGUGUUUCUGAACGAGUUUCUGCUGAGCAAGCCAAAAUUGACGAAUGUCCUGAAUUCACCGAGGAGGACGAAUUGGCCAAACAAAAACUGAUUAAAGAAGCCUUCACCAACUGGACUAAGCGUGAAUUCGUAACUUUUAUAAGUGGAUGUGCAAAAUACGGGAGAAAGAACUACAAAGCAAUAGCUAAUACCCUUGAAAACAAAACUUUAAGCGAAGUUGAGAAGUACGGAAAUGCUUUUUGGGAUAGGUAUACGGAAAUUCAAGGAUAUGAGAAAUAUUUAAACACUAUUGAGAACGGUGAGAAGAAGACUGAGAAAUUGAGGCAACAGGAAUUGUUGCUAUGCAUGAAGAUAUCGCAAUGUGAGUCUCCAUUACAUGAAAUGGUUAUCCAAUACCCUCCUAACAAUGCGAGAAGAACAUACAACUCUAUUGAGGACAAAUUUAUUCUGCUUACAGUUAAUAAAUAUGGCUUGUUUUAUGAACAUUUAUAUGAGAAAUUAAAGCAGGAUAUUAUGACUUCAAGUUUGUUUCACUUUGACUGGUUUAUUAGGACAAGGACUGUCCAUGAUUUAUCCAAAAGAGUUAACACAUUGUUGACUAUGAUAACUAGAGAGUAUGAGGGCCAAGAUGUUAACAAGAGAAAAAGGAAGGCUAAAGAAUUAUAG